UUUGGAUUUUUCUCAUCGUUUGCUCUUACACAUACGCUAUCGCUUCCUCCGACAUUCCAUUCCUCCGAUUGUUCCAAUGUUUGACACCCUCUUCAUCUUCUCUCUCCCUCUCUCCUUGUCUCUUUCAACUUUCGGUUUUACCGAGAGAGAGAGAGAGACAGACAGAGGGAAUUGGAUGAAGAAAAUGGCUGUUGCCAGUUGUUGAAGUUACUGCAACAAAAGCGAAGACGGUUGCAGCACCAUUACUCCUCCUUUGCUCGCUAAUAACAAUGCCUAGACCAGCACCAGAAGUGACCCCUCCGGCACCCUCUGCAUUGCAGAUGCAGAGUUCAUCAGCGCUGUUGCAUUCUUCAGCCCUUUUCUUUUUCCUGGGAGGGUUAUUUGUGCUUGUGUUAUUGGUGAUUCUUAUAUUAGUCCUUUGGAAAUUUGUUAAACCAGUGGAGGUGAUGAAGUUGCUAGGACGAAGUAAAAAGUGGCAAGUGUCUUCAGAAUUCUUUAGUGCUAAUCUUCGAACAGUAAGCUAUUUUGAUUUCGAGUCACUGAAGAAGGCAACCAAGAAUUUUCAUCCUGCUAAUCUUCUUGGAAAAGGUGGAUUUGGGCCUGUUUAUCAGGGAAAGUUAGAAGAUGGGAGGUUGGUUGCUGUGAAGAAAUUGUCUCUUGAUACGUCCCGGCAAGGAGAGUCAGAAUUUCUUGCAGAGGUGAGGACAAUCACGAGCAUCCAACACAAGAACCUGGUUCGCCUUCUUGGAUGUUGUUCUGAUGGGCCUCACCGGCUACUUGUGUAUGAAUUCAUGAAGAGUGGAAGCUUGGACCUUAUAAUAUAUGGUAAAAGUGAUCAGUUCCUAAGUUGGAGCACCAGGUUCCAAAUAAUAAUUGGCAUUGCAAGAGGAUUGCAGUACCUACAUGAGGAUUCACACUUAAGAAUUGUUCACAGAGACAUCAAAGCUAGCAAUAUUCUUCUUGAUGAAAAAUUUCAACCAAGGAUUGGAGAUUUUGGGCUGGCUAGGUUCUUUCCUGAAGACCAAGCUUAUCUUAGCACUACAUUCGCUGGAACUUUAGGUUAUACUGCACCUGAAUAUGCUCUAAGAGGAGAAUUGUCUGAAAAGGCAGACAUCUAUAGUUUUGGAGUUCUUGUGCUUGAAAUCAUUGGCUGCAGGAAAAACACAGAUUUCACUUUACCAUCAGCAAUGCAAUACCUUCCUGACUAUGCAUGGAAACUAUAUGAGAGGUCGAGGAUGCUUGAUCUAGUUGAUCCAAAAAUGCAAGAAGAUGGGUUCGAGAAGAAGGAUGUUUUGCAAGCAAUCAAUGUAGCCUUCUUAUGCCUUCAGCCUCAUGCAAAUCUCAGACCCUCCAUGUCAGAGAUCGUAGCCUUGUUAACAUACAAAGCUGAAUUAGAUAAAACACCAAUGAGACCGAUCUUCUUGGACCGAAGGCGCAAGAAGGAUGAGAACUUUUCUUGGGAUACCAUAUCUGAUGCUAUCCUUUCUCAAUUGCAGAGUGAGUCCCCCUCAUUACCUCAAACACCAAACUUAUAAGGGUAAUUUUAUGCUUCCAAUUUUUUAUAGGAUACAAAGAAAGCAGAAUCAAUUGUAGUCUACGUUUCAACACAGUUACAAAAAUAUGUACGUAAUAUGCUUUUUCUUGCACUUUUUUCUUUUCUUUGUCACCUCUUUUCCCUUGAUGUCUCUCUUAAAUACAUAUACUUGUGGAUGA